AUUGAUCAUGACCCUCCGUAGUCGAAUUCCCCUUUAACCAUUAUGAGACGAAACUGUAGUACAUGCAGUCGUUGGUCUCGAAACACCAAGAGGACAAGGAUUCACGGGACAAGGGCAAUCACGCCUGGUAGUCACUACAUAAUCAAGACCUGCCCAUUUGCUGCCACUGCCCAAGAUGUCAAAUAAGGAUGUUUUCGAUCGUCCUACCACCACAGACAUCACAGGAGUAGGUCGACCAGAUGAUGGCACAGCGGCAACCACAGAAGUCGAUUCGGACGAAACGCAAGAGCUAAUUUACAAGAAAAAAUUGGAAAACAAACUGCGACUCAAGGUCGACUUGCGCUUAUGCACAAUUGCCGGUAUCCUGUGCAGUCUCAAUCUGCUGGACUCGGGCAUCAUCUCCUCCGCUUCCGUGACGACAAUGCUCAAAGAUCUAGAGCUGGAGGGCACUCGAUACUCGGUUUCAAUAUUCAUCUUCACAAUAGCGAGUGUCGUCUUUCAGCUCCCAUCAACAAUUGCAGUGCGUCUAACAGGUCCUCGAAUCUGGUUCGCUUUCAUCACGUUCUGCUUUGGUCUUAUCACUCUCUGUACUGCGUUCGUCCAAACAUGGCGGCAGAUGAUUGCUCUGCGCGUCCUUCUGGGCAUGUCCAUGUCUGGCAUAUAUCCAGGUUUGACAUACCUGAUCAGCGCAUGGUACACGAGACGUGAGCAGCAGUUGCGCUUCGCGUUUCUUCAAUCCGGCGAAGUCAUUGUCCUUGCGACUGGCAGUAUCGUCAACUACGGACUCAACCACCUAGACGGCAGAUCAGGACUACCUGGAUGGCGAUGGAUGUUUCUCGUCCAAGGUUUAGUUACCUGCACAAUUGGGAUCAUCACGUACUGGUGGAUGGUCGACUUUCCAGAGAACGCCCAAAAGAGCUUCUACUUCCUCUCGGAGUCAGAGACACGCCUCGCUACGCAAAGGAUCAAAGAUGACAGGGACGAUCUCAUCCCUGAACCAUUCUCAUGGUCUAAUAUCUUGGUUCACUUCAAUGAUCUGAAACUUUACGGCUUUUGCUGUAUGUUCUUCUUACUGAACCUGGUUUCCACUUCGCUAGCAUACUUCCUGCCGAUCAUUCUACAAUCAGGCAUGGGAUUCUCAGCCAAUGCAUCUAUCAUCUUAUCAGCACCGCCAUACUACUACGCCGUCCUACCCGUCCUCUUCACCUCCCUCAUCGGCGACAGAUACCACAUCCGCAGUCCCCUCAUCGUCCUCAACGCCCUCUUCCUCAUCGCCGGCUUCCUAAUGUUCGGCCUCCCCGUCUCGACACAAGUCACGGUACGAUUCAUCGGCACUUUCCUCGCCACAGGCGCAUACGUCUCUAACUGGGCCGCCCUAAAUGCCUACCAAGCCAACAAUAUCGUUGGUCAAUGGAAACGCGUCACUGUCGCUGCGGCCGUGACGGCGUGUAAUGGCCUGGGGGGUAUCGCGGGAAGUUUCAUCGUGAGAGAGCAGGAAGCUCCGCAGUAUCAGACUGCGGUGUGGGUUUGUAUUGGGUCCCAUAUCUUAAUGAUUGCUAUAGUAGCGUGUUUUACAGUCUACUUCUAUAUCUCAAAUGGAAAGCAACGGCGGGGGAAAGUGAUCUUGGAGGGUGUGCCUGGGUUUAGGUAUACGUAUUGAGUACAGCACGGGGGGUUUUGAACAUCGUUGAUGUUGUAGUGGUUACUGCGGACUGUGGAAGAAUUACAUGUGAUGAAAUAGGCUAUGAUUUAUAUCAAAUUAAUCUUUUAAUAAAUAAUGUAUCGGCAGAUAGAUAUAUUAACGUCGGGGUUACGUGCAU